UAAUGUUGCAGGGUUCACACACUAGCUGAAUUUGCAGAGCUAACGCGCAAACUAAAGCAAACAUUAACUAUCAAGCUAGCUAGUACCUAUUCCAUUUAUGUGGCGUCGUCAAAGAUGGAAUAUUUGCUAUCGUCAGUUUAUUCCAAGAUUAGCAUGCAGCUGUAGUGCUUCAAAGUCCCUGUGAUAAGGUUAGCGAUAAACUGAAGUCCAAACUGAACAGAACUACACUCUCUUAUACCAUUGUCUUAAAUAUAUUUAAUGGUCUCGUUGCAAAAGCUAAAUUGUCGCUAGUGAUUUUUUAUUUUUUUUCACCUUUAUUUAACCAGGUAGCAAAGAUUAUAGCAAACACCACAGAAACGGAAUUGGUGCUCGCUAGCUUUGCAAAUUCAGCUAUUGUUGGAAGCUAGCCAAUAUGAAACAAACUAUGUUAAAAUUACAAAAGGUUGCAGCAUGUGUUGUGUAAAUGUGUGUGUGUGCAGCUAGACCGGCCAGCCAGGUAGAAAAAUGUCAGAAAAAAGUAAAAAGACGGACAUCAGAGUAUUUUUCAGUACACCAAAACGCAAAGUAAGAACUCUAGUAGCCUAAUAUCUCAAAGACGAGUUGAUAAAAUGUUCAUAAGAAAGAAGUGAAAUGCUAAUGGAAAUGUUUCACAAUGAUGUCAUUAGGCAGAGCAGGCAACAGAUGGCACACAGACAGCUGAGUUGGGGACAGAUAUGCAGGGACAGACUGGCAGAGACAGGGAGUCUCAGGAGUCAGACUGUGAGUCAGUGAGGGUGGUGAAAGGGAAAGAGCCAAGGAGAGAGACUUCAGAGGACAGUGUCACAGCCACGGCAGGACCAGGUGUCACCCUUGUUGCCAGCAGCACCAGUAUAGGGGACAGUGGCACAGCAUCGUCCAAUUACCUCAGUGAUGGCACAAAACCAUAUCAGCCACACCCACAAUUUAUAGAACCGCAAACUCUUGCCAACAGAGUGUUGACGUUUCAAGAGAGAUGGUUUCGCGAUUUCCCCUGGCUACAUUAUAAUCCAUCAAUAAAAGGAGUGUUGUGUUUUCACUGUAGCCAAGGGUUUUCAAGCCAGCCAUCUUUUGGCCAAAGAGCAGAUGCUGCCUUCAUUAGUGCAGGAUUUAGGAACUGGAGAAAAGCCAUUGAAAAAUUCACAGCACAUCAAAACUGCCAAACCCACCGCCACUUUGUAACUGUAACAGCACACCAGCUAAAUCCAAUCAGUGUCCAGUUAUCCAGCGCGUGGGGUAAACAGCAGGAGGACGCAAGGCAUUGCUUGAUGAAAAUUGUUAGUUCGGUGCGGCAUGUAGUAAGACAGGGACAAGCCUUUAGAGGCCACACGGAUGACAGUGGGAAUUUAUACCAGCUUUUGAAACUCAGGGCAGAAGAGGAUGAUCCCAUUUUACUGAAGUGGUUAACAGAGCGUACCACAAUGUACACAGGCCCCAAAGCACAGAAUGAAAUUCUGAACAUGGCCAAUACAGUCAUUCGAGGCAUUGCAGCUGAGAUUAGGUCUCUUCCGAUUGUACAAUUUUCAUUAAUUGUUGAUGGUACUCAAGAUGUCUCUGGUGCUGAACAGGAGAGUGUCUGUCUGCGUUAUGUUGACCAUGACCUUGUCCCUCACGAGGACUCGCCUGUUGUCUCCGACACCCUGUCUCUGGUAUGCAGGCUGCAGUCGAGUGUGUGCGGUCAUCUCUUAGGGGCAAGAGAAAUGACGAAAGCUACCUUGCACUGUAUGAGAAAGCAACAACUUUGAUUGACUCUAUUGAAUCCAUUGAAUCCAUUGAGACGCACUCAAGACGAUUUGCUGGCAAAGCAGUGGAUCACUAUAGGGCAGAAUUUUUUUAAGUGUUGGAUGGUGUGGAGGUUCAGUUUGGCGACCGUUUUGACCAGGACAGUCUAAACGUCCUGCAAAAGUUGGAAAGAGCGCUUCUCACGGGCGAGUUGGAUGAGUCUCUAGAUCAGUACCCUGAGCUGAACAUAGAUUCUCUUUCAGUGCAGAUCCCUCUCUUUCACAACAAAUACCCCUGUAGCAGCAGUUGAGAGGCAGCAGAGGUCCUCAGGAGGCUUCCAGUGGAGGUGCGGGGGUUGUUUGACCAAGUUGAGGUGCUGAUCAGAAUUUUGUUUGUGGUGCCAGUGUGUUCAUGUGAGGCUGAGAAGAGUUUCAGUGCACUCCGCAGGUUAAAGACUUGGCUACGGGCCAGCAUGGGCCAAGAGAGACUGAACGGCGUAGUUGUCUGUAAUGUACAUAAAGACAGGCUGGACAGUCUCAAGAGGGAAAAUAUCUGCCAGCAAUUUGUUGGAUCCAUUGAAACCCGCAAACAUAUGUUCGGUUCUUUUGUUCAGUAGUGUGUAUAGCAGUGGUUCUCAACCUUUUUUGGGUACUGGAACCCCUGCAUAUUUUGAGGCAAGGCAGGCAAGGUUUUGAGCGGUCCUCAGGGACCUCAACCCCCUCUAUAUUAUAUGUAAACUUACUGGAAACCUUGUGGUACUGAAUACGUUCAUUACACUUUAUUUUAUUUCACGGACACCUUGCAAUUAGUCCAUGGACCCCUGUUUGAGAACCCCUGGUGUAAUUGAUAUUUGUUAUUUUGUUUAGUAGUUUUCAGUUUUUAGUACAGGACAGUACACUUACAAAUUAUUAUUAUUAUUUCAUGUUAUUUUAUUUAAAAUUGCAUACUUUGUGUGACAUACUUGUCCAUAGCUGCUGUUUGAAGAGUUGAGACACUGACUGAAGGAUAUUUUGUUUGAUUUAUUUGGGUUUUUCAUUGAAGUAGUUCUUUUGCUUUUAGAACUGUACUUAUUUUAAGCUUUUUGUUCUUGUAAAGAUAUUGUAGUAGACUCAGGCCAGGUGCACAUAUUUAAUGACUAUAUAAAUGUAUCACAAAGUCAAAUUA